AUGGUCGGCCCGGUGUCCGCGCUGCGCGAGCGAGAGUCUCAGCGGCUGCUCUGCGCGUCGCUCCGCAGGGGCGCGGCCAGGGUUCGGCGCGCGGCAGCGGGACUGGGAGCGGCCGCCGCGGCUGAUGAUUCACCCGCUCGGCGCGCGGCCCUAGACCCUGCCGGCCGGCGGCCUGCACAGCGCCGGCGGGAGGACGGCGGCGGCGGCCCACGGGUCCGGUGCUGCUACCUGCGGCCGGCGCCUGGGAUGGACGAGCCGGCUCGCGCCGUGCACCUGGGCGUCCUGGUGGAAAAAGCAGCUCUGCCCUUCUGUCUACCCCACGGAGCCCUCGACCAUGGCAGCGCUGGUGGCUGAGUAUCCAAGCAGCAGGCGGCAGCUGAAGGUCUUGGCUCCAACCAGAAAGCCGUGAAGUACUUGGGCCAGGACUUUGAGACCCUGAGGCAGAAGUGCUUGGACUCAGGGGUCCUAGUUAAGGAUCCAGAGUUCCCAGCGUCCCCACCAGCCUUGGACUACGAGGAUCUUGGACGAUGCUCCCCCCAGACUCAAGGCAUUGUUUGGAAGCAGCCCGUGGAAUUGUUUCCCAGCCCUCAGUUUAUCGUUGGUGUAGCCACGCGUGCAGACGUUUGUCAGGGUGUGCUAGGUGACUGCUGGCUUCUGGCGGCUGUUGCCUCCCUUACCUUGAAUGAAGAGCUGCUUUACCGCGUGGACCCCAGGGACCAGAACUUCCAGGAGAACUACGGGGGAAUCUUUCAUUUUCAGAAACCCAAGAAGCCAAGGCUCAACAGUUCUUAUGAGGCUCUCGCUGGAGACUUUGAGGAUUUCACAGGUGGCAUCUCUGAGUUUUAUGAGCUGAAGAAGCCACCAGCCAGUCUGUUUCAGAUCAUCCGGAAGGCCCUUCGAGCAGGGUCUCUGCUGGCCUGCUCCAUUGAUGUCUCCAGUGCAGCUGCAGCAGAAGCCAUCACCAGCCUGAAGCUGGUUAAGAGUCACGCGUCCUCUGUCACUGGAGUGGAAGAGGUGGAUUUCCGGGGCCAUCCAGAGAAGCUGAUGAGACUCCGGAACCCGUGGGGCGAAGUGGAAUGGAUGGGGGCCUGGAGCGAUGAUGCACUGGAGUGGAAUUACAUAGAUCCCAGGCAGAAAGAAAAGCUGGACAAGAAAGCUGAGGAUGGAGAGUUCUGGAUGUCUUUUUCGGAUUUCUUGAGGCAGUUCUCUCGGCUAGAGAUCUGCAACCUGUCCCUGGACUCCCUGAGCAGCGAGGAGGUGCACAAGUGGAACCUGAUUCUAUUCAAUGGGUACUGGAUACGGGGCUCCACUGCCGGCGGCUGCCAGCACUCCGCAGCCACUUACUGGACCAAUCCCCAGUUCAAAAUCUGUUUGGACGAAGUGGGCAACCAUCAGGAGGAGAGCAUUGGUGAACCCGGCUGCACGGUGCUGCUGGGGCUGCUGCAGAAGAAUCGUAGGCGACAGAAGAGGAUGGGACAGUGCAUGCUCAGCAUAGCCGAUGCUGUCUACAAGCUGGAGAGCCACAGGGAUGAGCACCUGGGCCGGGUCUUCUUCCUGGGCCGCCAGCCUUCCACCCACUCCAGCACCUGCGUCAACCUGCGCCAGGUCUCAGCUCGUGUGCAGCUGCCCCCCGGGGAGUACGUGGUGGUGCCGUCCACCUUCGGACCCUUCAAGGACGGCGACUUCUGCCUGAGGGUGUUCUCGGAGAAGAAGGCCAAGGCCCUGGGUGUGGAAAUUGGGGAUGUAGUAGCUGGAAGCCCACAUGAGCCACACCCCAAUGAGGUGGAAGAAGACGGCCAGCUCUGGAGCCUGUUUGAGAAGCUUGCAGGGAAGGAUUCUGAGAUCAGUGUCAAUGAACUCAAGACGGCUCUGAAUGAGGUGUUUUCCAAACGAACAGACAUCAAAUUCGAUGGAUUCAACAUCAACACUUGCAGGGAGAUGAUCAGCCUGAUGGAUAGCAAUGGGACGGGCACCUUGGGGCUGGUGGAAUUCAAGAUGCUCUGGUUGAAGAUUCAGAAGUAUUAUGAGAUCUAUCGGGAAACUGAUUAUAACCACUCGGGGACCAUGGAUACCCAUGAGAUGAGGACAGCCCUGAAGAAGGCAGGUUUCACCCUUAGCAACCAGGUACAGCAGACCAUUUCCAUGCGGUAUGCAUGCAGCAAACUUGGCAUCGACUUUGACAGCUUCCUUGCUUGUAUGAUCUGCCUGGAGACACUCUUCAAACUGUUCAGCCUUCUGAACAAGGACCAGAAUGGCAUUGUCCGGCUCUCUCUGGCAGAGUGGCUGUGCUGUAUGUUGGUCUGA